AUGCUGGAUAGAGGUGUGGCAGAUUUAGCAAGGCCAGGGAGUUGGCAGAAAAUGGGUUUGUUCAUGAAUGUUGCUUUGAUUUACGGGUCGUGCAACUCGGAGGAUAUUGAAGGGGCCGAUUGCUGUUUUGUUGGGAAGAUUGAUAGCUGUCUUGAGCUGUGGGAAUUGAUGAGAAGUAAGAAUAGUCGAAAUACGUUUAGUUUUAAUAUAAUGAUGAAAGGGUUUCUUGACAAUGGUAGGGUCGAUGAAAAUGCUUUGGGGGAAAGUGACGUUCUAGGUGAUGCUUAUGCAUAUUCAUCUAUGAUUUAUGGUGCUUUUAUCACUGGCCUUAUAGAUGCUUCUAUAUUCGAGGAAUGA